CACUCUUAGUCGUGUGUAGAAUAAUUAUUAUAAGUUUUACAUAAGUUUUAUUAUUAUUUUAUUGAACAAAUAAGACAACAGUCUUUUGUGUACUUAAUAAAUAACGCAAUUUUAAGACUGAUUAUCUAAAAUGAAUUUUAAUCUUAACGACAAAGUGAUACAUUUCCGAUAAGUAUUUGACAUCUUCCUGGAUACAUUAGUUUCGAUGUUGUGAUAAUUAACGGUCUUGACAACCGUUCUGACAAUGUUUGUGCCUAUCUUUUUAUUAUUUAAGCAAUUUCGUAUCAGUUGAGCCUAUAAAAUGUUACGAUUUUUAUCGCGGCGGCGAGUCCGCGGUGUCAACGGACAAACUGCAUCACCACAGAUAAAAAAUCAGCGAUUAUUGAGCAAUAAAAAUAUCAUUCAAUGUCGAGUCAUAUUGUUGGAUGGUACUGACUUGCCUAUAGAAUUAUCUAAAAAAGCCUUGGCUAGUGAUUUAUAUGAACAAGUAUUUUAUAGUUUAGAUUUGAUAGAAAAGGAUUACUUCGGAUUGCAAUACACUGAUAGUAAUAAUGUUCAACAUUGGCUGGAUCCUACAAAACCGAUAAAAAAGCAGAUUAAAAUUGGGCCACCAUACACUCUUCGAUUGAAGGUAAAAUUUUAUUCAUCGGAGCCUAAUACUCUUCGGGAAGAGUUAACAAGAUAUCAAUUUUUCUUGCAACUGAAACAAGACAUUUUAGAAGGAAAACUUCACUGCCCUCAUAAUGUUGCUGUUCAGCUUGCAGCCCUUGCUCUUCAAUCUGAGCUCGGUGAUUAUGAUUCUACAAUGCAUACAGCAGCAACAGUAUCAGAAUUUCGUUUUGUUCCUGGUCAAACAGAAGAAAUGGAACUUGAAAUUCUUGAAGAGUAUAAAAAUUGUUCAGGAUUGAGUCCAGCUCAAGCAGAAUCUUCCUAUUUGAGCAAAGCAAAAUGGUUGGAUAUGUAUGGCGUUGAUAUGCAUACAGUACUUGGAAAAGAUGCUUGUGAAUAUUCUCUAGGUCUUACACCAACAGGCAUUUUGGUUUUCGAAGGAACACAAAAGAUUGGAUUAUUCUUUUGGCCCAAAAUCGGUCGACUUGAUUUUAAAAAGAAAAAAUUGACAUUAGUAGUAGUUGAGGAAGAUGAUGAAGGCAGAGGUGAACAAGAACAUACAUUCGUAUUUCGAUUAACUAAUGAAAAAGCUUGUAAACAUCUUUGGAAAUGUGCUGUUGAGCAUCAUGCAUUUUUCCGACUUCGAGCUCCAGUGAAAGGUGCCAGUGGGCGACAAAACUUUUUCCGUAUGGGAUCUAGAUUCAGAUACAGCGGAAAAACAGAGUUUCAGACAACUCAAUUAAACAGAGCUCGUCGAACGGUUCAAUUUGAGCGACGACCAAGUCAAAGAUAUGCUAGAAGACAAAGCCAUGUCUUGAGAGAACGUCAACGUCAUCAACCAGAACCUCAAGCACCUCCAGCACUAAGUACUGAAUGUGAAAUUCCUCUUCAACGUCAAUCUAGCAACUCUGGCUCCGAAUCUUCUGCAGUAAGCCUUCUUCAACCAACUACAUCAACAUCUUCACCACUUGUUGAUUCACUGUUGAAAUCAUUAGCAAAAGAUCCUCAGCCUCUGGAGUUGAAAAAUCAAACUGCCAGUGUUACUACUCCGGAAAAAGAAUCUGAGCAGAUGAAAACUAAUUUGAUUGUUGAAAGCUCGCAUUCUCCGCCUCCAUCAUUGCCAAAUAAUCAACUUGGUGGAACUUUAUUACUUUCUGCACGUUCUCCAAUACCACCAGAAUCCUUGAAGUGCAAUAUUCUCAAAGCGAAGUCAUUGGAAACUGAAAAAAAUUCCAAUUUAGUUUCUAUCACUUCUACUGAUAGUGGAGCCAUUUGCGCAGUGAAAAAUCAUACUGAUGCUGCAACUAUAGUAUCUGUGGGAGGAGACAAAUUGACUCUAAAUGUAACUGGUGCAACAACAAUUAGUCCACCAACCGAUGAUACCGUUACUGUAACACAUUUUUCAUUGGAUAGUUGGGGUCAAAUUGCUCAGAAGACGACACCUUUCACUCCAAAACUUACAAAUCAAUCACAAAAUCCAUUCAAUCCAUUCACUAGUGAUAAUUGCACUGAAAGUCUCAUGCCUAUUGAAGAGAUUAAGGAUAACAAGUCUGAUGAAAACAACGAAACUAAAAAUACUAAUCCAUUUAUUGACUCUAAUCCAUUUUUGGGUCUUUUAAAUCCAUUUAAAGAAGUGCAACCGAUUUUAGAAAAAAUUGUUGAAAAUGAAGAAGAGACCAAUGAAUCUCUUACUAUGGAAGAACCCAUUGAAGAAGUGCCUUUAUCACCUGUUCCAACAUUUACUCGUGCGGAAACUUGUACUACUGCAUCAGAUAUUAGUCCAUGGUUGGUAGCUGAUCCAGCGCAAACUGCCAGUAAAACAUCGAAGCCGAAUAUCACAAUGAAGACUGUAAUAACUACGCAACUUUAAUUGUUAUUUUAUUCUUAUACCAGAUGAGAAUUUAAAACAUAUAUGGUAUUGGUUAAUGACUUGAAGAAUUUUAAUAGUUUUACAGUUGACUUAACUUAAUAGCAGAUUAGUUAUUGAGUUGAUCAAUUUUUUUAUUCAUUCCUUAUUAAGUAGUACUGAUUAAUAGAAAAAGAGAAAUUAUUUUGCAUUUAAUGAAAAUUUUUUAUAAGUUAUUGGGACCAAUGGCAGCUUCAUUUUCCCAGAAGCAUUAAAUAUGUAUUAUUAUUCAUUGAUGCAGUUGUA